AUGGGCAGGUGAGUACAACACGUGUUCUAGCUAACAGCUAUUGGCACUGGUUUUGUUUCUCUUGACUGAUUACUUUUUAAUGGAAUAUUGCUUUGAUUUUAAAAUGACCGCUUUAUUUAAUGUUGCAUGAAAAUGCUUGUUGGAUUUAAUUGUAAUGAAAAGACAUGCACAACUAUUGCCCUACUGAUACUAAAUCCAUAUUGUGCAUUUGGAAAUAAGUGACAUUGUAUUACUAAAGGCAUCAGUGGGGAAAUUAAUGGAUUCUAUUUAGUUCAGCAUUUCUCGAACUGCAUAAACAAGAAGACAUCCAUGGCAUUCUGACACCUAGGAGCUGCAAAUUGUGGCCAAUAAAAAAUAACUGACUUCCGGGAUCACAUUUGCUCUUACAUUUUCUCUUAUAUCAAAGUGGUCCUUACACAUUUGGAGAACUUGGAGACUCUUUGGUCACUAAUUCCUGACACACAAAAUGUUCACACAGGUGGGACUUCAGUAAUUGGAGCAAAACAUUUCACAAGGAGCUCUGACACUGAAAAUCUCACCUGUAGACUUCACACCUUUUACUCCUGUUUGAGUAAAUACUACGUACACUUUUUUUAUUUUGUUUGUACGAAGUGAGCAGCCACACACUGGUGAUACCUCAGUGGGUGUUUUCCAUUGAAUGGAGCCAAACAUGACUGUCUAUAGUUUGCACUUUAAAUAAAGCAGAUUUGACAUACAGUAUCCAUUUCCCCCCAGAAUGUGCAAGGAAAGCUAUUGACAUAUUCCUAUGGGUUUAUAGUAAUAUGUCUCCUACCACUGAUCUGUAAUUAAUAAUUUACUAACCUGGGUAGGUUGGUAUCUCUUGUUAUGUUGAUUUGAAUCAUUGGAUCCCACUACAGUGUUACUCUACAGUAAACUCAUUGAAUCUUUCAUUCACUCACCCAAAACAUUUAGGGCCAAUAUUUUACGAAUAUUCGGGUCAACUGAAAUCUUAAAAUUGUGGCUGUCUACUGACUGAUCAGGACCUUGCUGUGCCCCCUACAGGACUGUCCGUUGAGGCAGGAGCUGCAGAGCUCUCUUCAUCAGGUGGAGAAGUUGCUGUUAGCCCAGGAGGCUACCUACCAGCAGAGCCUUCGCUCCCUGAGGAAGAGACUGAGUACCCUGCAGAACAGCGGUACCGUAACCGUCAAACAUACCACCAAGGGGCACAACGGUGAGAGAGAUAGAUACAGUGACUGCUUAGUUUGUCAUUUGCACAUUAAUGUUUUUUUCUCUUUUAUAAUAUAUACUGUGUAUACUGUAUAGUAUUGCACUAGCACUUUGAUAAUUACUGGACUUACCAUUGCCAAUGUCUUGUUUUAUGCUUGUCUGUCUGAAUAUGUCAUGCUUGUCUUACUGUUUGUAUGUCUCUCCCUCUCCCUGUUCAGCCACCUGUCCUAAGCCUGAGAGCCUGGCCUACGGCAGGAGGCUGGGGAGGGUGUUUGGUGUGGGGCACGAGGUGCACUUUGUGUGUAAGGCAGGUUAUGAGCUGCUGGGGCCCCAGACCAGAGUGUGUCUGGCGUCUCUGAAGUGGAGCGGCCAGCAGCCCACAUGCAGGGGUGAGUCAGAGCCCUGAGCCCUCACCCACUUCUGUCUGUGUCUCUGCUCCCUCCGUGCCUAGAAUGAUAACAUUGUGUUAUUCUACUAUGAUAUGGUACAUCAUUUAUUACUGUAUGUAAUAUUCAACACUACUGGAGUACUAUCUCUGUGUAUGAAUGGGGAGCCACUUGUUUUAUACUGUACUGUAACAUGUGUAGACCUUGUCUCAUUGCUCUUACUUGCUCUGCUUAGUGGUGUAAUUUUAUGGUCCCUUUUUGGUCCCCAGUCUUAAACACUGUGACCAACAUCCCCGCCGCCCUACCCACGACUUCCUACCUCUACCCCUCCUCCCUCUCCACUUCUUCCUCCUCCAUCUCCACAUCCUCCCCGUCCUCUGCCCCACUCUCGGCCUUCGUCCGUCCGUCCCGCUGCACCCAGUUCCAGGGCUCCUCCCACUGCAUCUGUGAUGCAGGCUUCACCAUAAGCGGCCGCGACAGCAACAUCUGCACAGGUCAGUACGGCCAAACCUUACCUGUAAAGAAGAAAGAAGAAUCAACCAUCAAUAUGGUCAAACACCAUGGGCUCCACUAAAUAAUGUGUUACACUUUUAAGAAUCAAUCGGUUCUUAGAACCAGCCAAUCUUAGAGCUGUAUGUAAGUCAUGGAAUUUUUAUAUAGGAGUGCAGUCAGUGUACUGUUGUGAUUUUGGAAGUGGACCCAAUACAUCAGAGCUUAAAAAAUAUGUAGCCUAGAGUAUUGUCUAUAUAUACUGAACAAAAAUAUAAACGCAACAUGCAACAAUUUCAAAGAUUUUACUGAGUUACAGUUCAUUUAAAGAAAUCAGUCAAUUGAAAUAAAUUCAUUAGGCCCUAAUCUAUGGAUUUCACAUGACUGGGAAUACAGAUAUGCAUCUGUAGAUCAAAGAUACCUUCAAAAAAAGGUAGGGGCGUGGAUCAGAAAACCAGUCAGUAUCUGGUGUGACCAAAAUUUGCCUCAUGCAGCGCGACACAUCUCCUUCAUAUAGAGUUGAUCAGGCUGUUUAUUGUGGCCUGUGGAAUGUUGUCCCACUCCUCUUCAAUGGCUGUGCGAAGUUGCUAGAUAUUGGCGGGAACUGGAACACGCUGUCGUACACGUCAAUCCAGAGCAUUCCAUGCUCAUUGGCUGACAUGUAUGGUGAGUAUGCAGGCCAUGGAAGAACUGGGACAUAUUCAGUUUAUGGGAAUUAUGUACAGAUCCUUGCGACAUGGGGCUGUGCAUUAUCAUGCUGAAACAUGAGGUGAUGGCGGCAGAUGAAUGGCACGACAGUGGGCCUCAGGAUCUUGUCACGGUAUACAGUGGGGAAAAAAAGUAUUUAGUCAGCCACCAAUUGUGCAAGUUCUCCCACUUAAAAAGAUGAGAGAGGCCUGUAAUUUUCAUCAUAGGUACACGUCAACUAUGACAGACAAAAUGAGGAAAAAAAUCCAGAAAAUCACAUUGUAGGAUUUUUAAUGAAUUUAUUUGCAAAUUAUGGUGGAAAAUAAGUAUUUGGUCAAUAACAAAAGUUUCUCAAUACUUUGUUAUAUACCCUUUGUUGGCAAUGACACAGGUCAAACGUUUUCUGUAAGUCUUCACAAGGUUUUCACACACUUGUUGCUGGUAUUUUGGCCCAUUCCUCCAUGCAGAUCUCCUCUAGAGCAGUGAUGUUUUGGGGCUGUCGCUGGGCAACACGGACAUUCAACUCCCUCCAAAGAUUUUCUAUGGGGUUGAGAUCUGGAGACUGGCUAGGCCACUCCAGGACCUUGAAAUGCUUCUUACGAAGCCACUCCUUCGUUGCCCGGGCGGUGUGUUUGGGAUCAUUGUCAUGCUGAAAGACCCAGCCACGUUUCAUCUUCAAUGCCCUUGCUGAUGGAAGGAGGUUUUCACUCAAAAUCUCACGAUACAUGGCCCUAUUCAUUCUUUCCUUUACACGGAUCAGUCGUCCUGGUCCCUUUGCAGAAAAACAGCCCCAAAGCAUGAUGUUUCCACCCCCAUGCUUCACAGUAGGUAUGGUGUUCUUUGGAUGCAACUCAGCAUUCUUUGUCCUCCAAACACGACGAGUUGAGUUUUUACCAAAAAGUUCUAUUUUGGUUUCAUCUGACCAUAUGACAUUCUCCCAAUCCUCUUCUGGAUCAUCCAAAUGCACUCAAGCAAACUUCAGACGGGCCUGGACAUGUACUGGCUUAAGCAGGGGGACACGUCUGGCACUGCAGGAUUUGAGUCCCUGGCGGCGUAGUGUGUUACUGAUGGUAGGCUUUGUUACUUUGGUCCCAGCUCUCUGCAGGUCAUUCAAUAGGUCCCCCCGUGUGGUUCUGGGAUUUCUGCUCACCGUUCUUGUGAUCAUUUUGACCCUACGGCGUGAGAUCUUGCGUGGAGCCCCAGAUCGAGGGAGAUUAUCAGUGGUCUUGUAUGUCUUCCAUUUCCUAAUAAUUGCUCCCACAGUUGAUUUCUUCAAACCAAGCUGCUUACCUAUUGCAGAUUCAGUCUUCCCAGCCUGGUGCAGGUCUACAAUUUUGUUUCUGGUGUCCUUUGACAGCUAUUUGGUCUUGGCCAUAGUGGAGUUUGGAGUGUGACUGUUUGAGGUUGUGGACAGGUGUCUUUUAUACUGAUAACAAGUUCAAACAGGUGCCAUUAAUACAGGUAACGAGUGGAGGACAGAGGAGCCUCUUAAAGAAGAAGUUACAGGUCUGUGAGAGCCAGAAAUCUUGCUUGUUUGUAGGUGACCAAAUACUUAUUUUCCACCAUAAUUUGCAAAUAAAUUCAUAAAAAAUCCUACAAUGUGAUUUUCUUGAUUUUUUUUCCUCAAUUUGUCUGUCAUAGUUGACGUGUACCUAUGAUGAAAAUUACAGGCCUCUCUCAUCUUUUUAAGUGGGAGAACUUGCACAAUUGGUGGCUGACUAAAUACUUUUUCCCCCCACUGUAUCUGUGCAUUCAAAUUGCCAUUGAUAAAAUGCAAUUGUGUUUGUUGUCUGUAGCUUAUGCCUUCCCAUACCAUAACCCCACCGCCACCAUGGGGCACUCUGUACACAAAGUUGACAUCAGCAAACCGCUCGCCCACACAACUCCAUACACUUGGUCUGUGGUUGUGAGGCCGGUUGGACAUACUGCCAAAUUCUCUAAAACAAUGUUGGAGGCGGCUUUUGGUAAAGAAAUUAACAUUAAAUGAUCUGGCAACAGCUCUGGUGGACAUUCCUGCAGUCAGCAUGCCAAUUGCACGCUCCCUCAAAACUUGAAACAUCUGUGGCAUUGUGUUGUGUGACAAAACUGCACAUAUUAGAGUGGCCUUUUAUUGUCCCCAGCACAAGGUGCACCUGUGUAAUGAUCAUGCUGUUUAAUCAGCUUCUUGAUAUGCCACACCUGUCAGGGGGAUUGAUUAUCUUGGCAAAGAAGAAAUGCUCACUAACAGGGAUUAAAACUAAUUUGUGCACAACAUUUGAGAGAAAUAACCUUUUUUUGCACAUGGAACAUUUCAGAGAUAUUUUAUUUCAGCUCAUGAAACAUGAGACCAACACUUUACAUGUUAAGUUUAUAUUUUUGUUCAGUGUAUAUCAGUGAUAUAUUGAGGAACUGUGUUUCAGACAUGGAUGAGUGUCAGCUGUUUCCGCUGGCGCAGCCUGGGCGCCUGUGUAUGCACACCUGUAUCAACACCCCUGGCAGCUACCACUGUGUGUGCCCUCAUGGCUACAACCUGACCAGAGACAACCGCAGCUGCAAAGGUCAGGACCACAGACCAGACCAUUCCACCAAGAAGAGCUACCACAGUACCCUGGCCUGAGCCAGUGGUUGUUACAGGGAGAUUGAAUUUUGAUACCGCCUCUGAUAUUUAGCACUACUAGCGUCCAUGGGCUUUUGAUGGAACAGUGCUGCUUUGUAAAUGCAAUGGGAACUAACGGUAACUCUGUAUUAUAUGAUAAAGUCUUUCCAGUUAAACUGAAGCUUUGGAGAUGUGACGUGGGCUCAGUGGGAACCAGUCUUGGUUACUUGUGUUUCUUGUCUCCCCCUCUGGAUAGAUAUUGACGAGUGUGAGAGCAGACUUCACAACUGCACCCAGGACCAGGAGUGUGUGAAUACAUACGGGGGAUUCCAGUGUGUGCAAGUGGCGUGUCCUCGCAUCAAAAACGCCACAUACAUCAAGACCUCUCCUAUGUGAGUAACUGCUGUAACAAAAACAACACUACUACCCUAUCUGGUGUCACUAUGCUUCCUGUUUUAACCAAAUCAUAUAAUGGUUGCACUAAGAGACUGAAAGCUACACUGACUCAAUGAAGGAGGAGGUUCCCUACACUCUCAAUCAUUUUAAAACAAACAUACAAUUUAGCUGUUUCUGUGGAGAGAGAGAAAAAAGUUUUCAUUUCAUUGUCACCACAGUGCAGCUCCACCCAUCAUUUGGCUCACAUAACCUCAUUCACCUAAAUUACCCCUUGCAAUAGACAACUCGUUUUUUAUUGCUCAUACAAAUAACUACUACAAUUAAGACAGAUAUACAAUCAAAAAACAACAUUAUUACAGUGGUUUAAGGAUGUGAGUUUGGAUUUAUUUCUCAGUUAAGUUAUAUUUACUGGGUGAAACAAGAAGAACCCUCCUCUCACCCUAUCCCUGACCCUCCUCUUCCUCUGCCGCUGUCCCAGGCGGUGUGAGAGAAACCCGUGCAUGGUGGGGGACAAGGCCUGCUCCCAGGCUCCCAACUCAGUCUCCUUCCACUUCCUGCCCGUGGUCUCCAACAUGUCCGCCCCACGGGUGCUCUUCCGGGUGUCUGCAGCCCGUGUGCUGGGUGACACGCUGCGCUUCGGCCUGCUGGGGAGUCACGGCCGCAGUCACUUCAGCAUGCAGCGCUCUGGCAGGCAGACGGGCACCCUGCUCCUGGUGAGCCCUGUGCAGGGCCCUGCUACACUGGAGGCAGAGGUAGAGAUGAGUGAGCUGGAGAGACAAGCCCUGCUGGGACGCUACCUCACCAAGGUCACCCUGUUCGUCUCCCCCUACGGUUUCUAG